AUGACCGGCAAAAUGAAGCUGUACAAGUUGGUGGUCUUGGGAGAUGGAGGCGUCGGAAAAACGGCUCUUACAAUCCAGCUGUGUCUGAACCACUUCGUCGAAACAUACGACCCGACCAUCGAAGACUCGUACCGUAAGCAGGUAGUGAUCGACCAGCAGCUGUGCAUGCUCGAGGUCCUCGACACCGCCGGGCAGGAGGAAUACACGUCGCUGCGCGACCAAUGGAUCCGCGACGGCGAGGGCUUUGUGCUGGUCUACAGCAUCACCUCGCGAUCGUCGUUCACCAGCAUACAGAAAUUCUACCACCAGAUCCAGCUCGUCAAAGAAUCCACCAGCUCGGGCUCGCCCACAGCCAGCGGUGCCGGCGGCGGCUACCUGUCGGCGCAGAUGAACGGCGCACACCACGCCGGCCUCGCCGCGGCGCCCGUGCCCGUCAUGCUCGUCGGCAACAAGUGCGACAAGGCCGCCGACCGCGCCGUCUCGUCGCAGGAGGGCCACGCCCUGGCCAAGGAGCUCGGCUGCGACUUCGUCGAGACCUCCGCGAAGAACUGCGUCAACGUCGAGAAGGCCUUCUUCGACGUCGUGCGCGCCCUCCGCCAGCAGCGCCAGCACCAGCAGCUCCAGCAGUCGCAGCACUCCACGCGGAACCUGGACCGCCGCGGCACCGGCUACGGUGCCGCCUGCGCCCCGACCGGCGUCGAGUACUCCCGGUCCUUCCGAAACGACCGCAAGGGCACGCGCAGUGGGCUCAAAUGCGCCAUUCUCUAA